UGGGCCUGGCGCUGCGAUUGAGGCGGCGGCAAGCGAGCGGGGCGCGGGUGGUGGGACCCGAGAAACCGGCAUGGACGUUUCGGGGCAGGAGACCGACUGGCGGAGCGCCGCCUUCCGGCAGAAGUUGGUCAGUCAAAUGCAUUUCCUGCAAGGCUGUAAGCUCAGAGCCUGGUGGCAGUGAGGAUGCUCGUCUCCACAUCAUGCCAGGAGUGGUGCAGGGACACAAGCCAGCAUUGGAGCUGGGGUAGAUUUGUUGUGGCCACAAGUGGCAGGCUGCUGUUAAAUGGCAUGGGAGACACUACAUAACAUGUUGAUGUUGAGAAGAGCAGCGAGGAUGCCAUGAGAAAAGCUGGCGUGGCCCACAGUAAAUCCAGCAAGGAUAUGGAGAGCCAUGUGUUCCUGAAGGCCAAGACGCGGGACGAAUACCUUUCUCUGGUGGCCAGGCUCAUUAUCCAUUUUCGAGACAUUCAUAACAAGAAAUCUCAAGCUUCUGUCAGUGACCCGAUGAACGCACUGCAGAGCCUGACUGGUGGACCUGCUGCGGGAGCGGCUGGGAUCGGCAUGCCUCCCCGGGGCCCAGGACAAUCCCUGGGUGGGAUGGGUAGCCUUGGCGCCAUGGGGCAGCCAAUGCCCCUCUCAGGGCAGCCACCCCCUGGCACCUCAGGGAUGGCCCCCCACGGCAUGGCUGUUGUGUCUACAGCAGCUCCACAGACGACGCGGGCGGUGGGCAGCACACCGUCCGAGCGCCCAGCUGACCAGCCGCCUGCAGCCCAGCUGCAGCUCCAACAGGUGGCGCUGCAGCAGCAGCAGUUCCAGCAGCAGCAAGCGGCGCUGCAGCAGCAGCAGCAGCAGCAGCAGUUCCAGGCCCAGCAGAGUGCCAUGCAGCAGCAGUUCCAGGCCGUGGUGCAGCAGCAGCAGCAGCUCCAGCAGCAGCAGCAGCAGCAGCAGCAGCUCAUCAAGCUGCAUCACCAGAACCAGCAGCAGCUCCAGCAGCAGCAGCAGCAGUUGCGCAUGGCCCAGCUGCAGCUCCAGCAGCAGCAGCAGCAGCAGCAGGCGCUGCAGGCCCAGCCGCCUAUCCAGCCACCGGCCGUUCCGCAGCCACAGCCGCAGCCACUGCAGCCGCUACACCACACACAGCACCACCAGCCGCCGCCGCCGCCCACCCAGCCGCCAGCCACGCAGACCCAGCCACCGCCACUCCCACCACAGUCGCAGGCACAGCCCUUGGUGUCCCAGGCACCAGCACUGCCCACACAGAUGCUGUACUCCCAGCAACAGCUGAAACUCGUCCGAGCUCCGAUGGUGGUGCAGCAGCCGCAGGUGCAGUCCCCAGCGCAGCCGCAGGCCGCAGGGCCGGCAGCCCAGGCCUCCCAGAUAGUGGGUUCUGGAGUCCAGAUGAUCAACGCAGCCUUGGCCCAAGGCGGGAUGCAAGUAAGAGCCCGGUUCCCGCCCACCACCGCUGUGUCUGCCGUCCCGUCAAGUUCCAUCCCUUUGGGCGGACAGCCCUCGGCACAGGUCAGCCAGAACACCCUCACCAUGCUGCCCUCGCCGUCACCCGGCCAGCAGGUGCAGACCCCGCAGUCGAUGCCACCUCCCCCCCAGCCGUCCCCGCAGCCCAGUCAGCCCAGCUCGCAGCCCAACUCCAAUGUCAGCUCCGGCCCCGCCCCUUCCCCCAGUAGCUUCCUGCCCAGCCCCUCACCACAGCCUUCCCAGAGCCCAGUGACAGCACGCACUCCACAGAACUUCAGUGUUCCCUCCCCGGGACCUCUGAACACUCCCGUGAACCCCAGCUCCGUCCUGAGCCCAGCAGGCGCUAGCCAGGCUGAGGAGCAGCAGUACCUGGACAAGCUAAAGCAGCUGUCCAAGUACAUCGAGCCCCUGCGCCGCAUGAUCAACAAGAUCGACAAGAACGAAGACCGAAAAAAGGACCUGAGUAAGAUGAAGAGCCUUCUGGAUAUCCUGACGGACCCCUCCAAGCGGUGCCCCUUGAAAACACUGCAGAAGUGUGAGAUUGCCCUGGAGAAACUCAAGAAUGACAUGGCGGUGCCCACACCCCCACCACCCCCAGUGCCGCCAACCAAGCAGCAGUACCUGUGCCAGCCACUUCUGGACGCAGUCCUGGCCAAUAUCCGCUCGCCCGUGUUUAACCACUCCCUGUACCGCACGUUUGUGCCGGCCGUGACGGCCAUCCACGGCCCUCCCAUCACGGCCCCGGCAGCGUGUGCCCGGAAGCGUAGGUUUGAAGAGGACGAACGGCAGAGCAUCCCCAACGUGCUCCAGGGGGAGGUGGCCAGAUUGGACCCGAAGUUCCUGGUGAACUUGGACCCUUCCCACUGCAGUAACAAUGGCACAGUCCACCUGAUAUGCAAGCUGGAUGACAAGGACCUCCCGAGCGUGCCCCCGCUGGAGCUCAGCGUACCUGCAGACUACCCCGCCCAGAGCCCACUGUGGAUCGACCGGCAGGGGCAGUAUGGUGGAUGCCAACCCCUUCCUGCAGUCAGUGCACCGGUGCAUGACCUCACGGCUGCUGCAGCUUCCCGACAAGCACUCGGUCACCGCCCUGCUCAACACCUGGGCGCAGAGCAUCCGCCAGGCCUGCCUCUCAGCUGCCUAGCCACCACCACUGCUGUAUGUGGGGCCGCCCGCCUGCCUGCCCGCUGGGGACCGAGGGGGCAGCCGCAGCCUUGUGCUGGCUGCAGAGGGCACACCACGUGUCCGCCGGUUCUAGGUGUUGACUCCCUUAGAGAGCCUGGGCUUAGGUUAGCUUUCCUGCUUUUAUCUUCUGCCUUGGGGACCUGCCGUUCUCCCAUCCUUGUCCAGGACUGAGGCAGUGGCUGCCCAGGCUGGCGUGGGGCUUCCCCUAGGGAGUUGGACGUGCCCUGUCCCUGGGCAUUCCUCCCUGGCUGCUGUCCCCCAGCCUCGGCAACACCCAUGACCUUCCUCUGUAGCAUGGGGAAGAAUUCAGGGUCUUGUUAGAGCCUUGUUUGUGCCAGAAAACAUUUCUACCCGUUUCUGUAGGGGAACAUGGAGAACAUAGGAAGCCAUUAAAACACAGAAUCCUCUGAUCAUAGUUUGGGUUCAGACUGUGCCACCAUUGGCAUGUAGGGCACACCACCCCAAAGUUCCCAGAUCCUGGGGUGCCAUCUGUGUUUGCAGGGAAGGCCAGCCUGCAGGCAGCUACAGGUCCCUUCCGCCAACUGGGCCUCAUACCUCAUGGCAUUCUCCCUUCAAGCCCUGUGGGCUCACUCAGCACUGUGGGGAUGCCUGGGGAGCAGGGCCAUCCUGUCCCUGGCGCUGUGCCCUCUAGCUGGGUGCUUGGGCCCACUCUCAGGUCAGGGGACUGUCCUGAGGACCUGGAGUCUGCACAGCCACCCCAGAGAGUGAGGGCUCUGGAUGGGGCGCCAGCCAGCCGGCCCUCUGGUGACAAGAGGUCUUCCCUUUUGUAUGUGCACUACCGUGUCAUCUGUGGUUCUUAAAAUAAAUUUAUUAUUCCUGUGUUGG